AUGGUUGCUCCGGUGUUAUGUUGCUACCAUCGACUAGACCCAUCCGUCCAAGACCUUCAAGGGCACAUUGAAAGUGAUGUUGAGUUACAGCGGCUCUUCGAAAAAGCAUUCCGCGAGAUCCCCAAUAGGUUUCUGCAAGGUUCCGGCAGCUCUGAUGCAGCUCAUGUUGGGGACUAUAGAUCCUUGGUGAAUGCAAUCGAUCAAGCAAUCAAGACGGUGCCACAUUGGGCGUCGGCUGAUGAAACCGAACGCAUCAUAGGAUGUCCGAUGAAUGAAGCCAUGAUAUGGUUCAUGAAUACCAGAACGGGGUCUCUGAUCCUCAGCCGGAAAGACAUUAACAGAUAUCUGCUCGCGAUUCUCAACCGAUGGGGCCAAUAUCUAUCGUCGCCAGAUUCUGCAAAGGCAAUUGGCACCCAAGAAGGAGGCUGGAUAUCCAACGACGCCCUCAGGGAGCUAUUAGACGUGGUAAACCAUGCGCAUGCCACUCCCUUUCGAGUCCCAUGUUUCGAGCAAGCUUUUGUAUGUGACCCUGCCUUGCCGCAUUACGACUUUCGAUCCUGGGAUGACUUCUUCACCCGCCAGUUCCGGCCUGGGAUGCGGCCGGUAGAGUCUCCGGGGGACGAACGCAUUAUUGUCAACCCGUGCGAGUCGCAGCCUUUCGCCCUUUGCGAACAGGCAGCCUCCCAGACGUGCUUCUCCCUGAAAGGACAUAGCUACUCAGUGGAGGGAAUGCUGGGCCAUGACGAGCAUGCGUCGACAUUCACGAAUGGGACAGUCUUCCAGGGCUGGCUAUCGGCAUUGAACUACCAUCGGUGGCAUGCGCCUGUCGCGGGGACGGUCGUCAAAGUCACUCACAUUCCCGGCACGUACUUUGCCGCAGAUCCAUCCAUGGGCUUCGAGAAGCUCGACGCGGCCACAGGGAAACCGAGUCCAGACCGCCAGGCCCCUGAUGCCUCGCUUAGGACGAUUGCGUCGACGGCCACCAGAACAGCAAUCUGGAUCCGUGCGGACAGCGGUGCCCUGGGAACCGUGGUGUUCCUUGCAAUCGGCAUGGCGGAGGUAUCGAGUUGUAGGUCAACUGUUGCUGCGGGAGACCAUGUAUUCAAGGGUCAGGAAAUCGGAAGCUUUCAUUACGGGGGAAGUUCUUUCUGCUUGCUUUUUGAGCCAGGCGUGGAGCUGCAGUUUUCACGCAUCGUGUACGACUCUCUAGCUCGUGGCCCUGGGGUAACUGGCCCAUGUAUUGCAGUGAACAGCAAGUUGGCAUCCAUAAGAAGUGAAUGUAUCUUGAACACUCCUUAA